AAAUUACUACUUUACCAAAAUCAAGGAAACACAGAAUAGUUAGCAUAGGGAAGAUUGAAUAAUCGGAUCCAAUUUUUUCUCCAUACACCUGCUUACUUAUGAAUUAUGAUCACUCUGUUAAUCAGAGAGAGAAAGUGAGUGAGACAAUAUUUGAGAGGGAAAAUCUAAAGAGGAUGAGAGUGACGAAAAUAGCGAUUUUCUAGGGUUAGUGUCUGACUUUCUUCACCUACUUUUGUACAGUUCAUUGAAAAUAUUCAAAUUCAAACUAUUUUGAGUUAAAUUUCCAUGGAAAUGCCUGGUAGAAGAUCAAAUUAUACACUUCUUAGUCAAGUAGAUGAUCAAAUUGCUACGCCGGUGAAAUUUUCCGGCAGUGGAGGUGGAGAUAGAAGCUUGUAUCCAUCUUCGAUCGGAUUGCAAAGGCAAAGUAGUGGGAGUAGUUUUGGGGAAAGUUCGUUGUCGGAUCAUUACGUACCGUCGAUCUCUAUGCUGGCUAGUGAUCACGACGGUUUUGGUUACUUGCAAGAGGAGAGAGAUUCGAGGAUGCGAGUAGCAGCUAUUGAUGGAGCUCCUGGCGGUGGCGGAGGGUCUUCGUCGAAGAGUUGGGCGCAGCAAACGGAAGAGAGCUAUCAAUUACAAUUGGCUUUGGCUUUGAGGUUAUCAUCAGAAGCUGCUUGUGUUGAUGAUCCUAAUUUCUUGGAUCCAGUGCCUGAUGAAUCUCUUUCUAGGCUCUCUUCCUCUGCUUCUGCUGAAUCCAUUUCUCAUCGAUUUUGGACUCAGCAAUUUAAUUUUCAUCAGGUGAAUGGCUGCCUCUCGUAUUCAGAUAAAAUUCCUGAUGGAUUUUAUUUCAUACAUGGAAUGGAUCCUUAUGUUUGGACGGUGUGUGCUGAUUUACAAGAAAAUGGCCGUAUUCCUUCAAUUGAAUCACUGAAGUUGGUAGAUCCUGUAAAUGAAUCUUUACUUGAGGUAGUUUUGAUUGAUCGUUGCAGUGAUUCUAACUUGAAGGAAUUUCUGAACCGGGCUCUCGAAAUAUUCCAUUUAUGUAUGAACCCUGAUGAUGUUGUUGACCAGCUGGCAAAGUUGGCAUGUAACCGCAUGGGGGGUGCAGUUUUAAACAAAGAGGAGGAAUUGGUUCCCAUCUGGAAGGAGUUCAGCAAUGGUCUUAAGGGCUGUCUAGGGUCUGUCGUGCUUCCUAUUGGUAGCUUAUCUAUUGGUCUUUGCAGGCAUCGUGCUUUGCUAUUCAAAGUCCUUGCUGAUUCAAUUGAAUUGCCAUGUCGAAUUGCCAAGGGCUGUAAAUAUUGCAAUAGAAAUGAUGCUGCCUCUUGCCUAGUACCAUUUGGUUUGGACAGGGAGUAUUUGGUUGAUUUGGUUGGGAAGCCAGGGUGCUUAUGUGAGCCUGAUUCCAUACUUAAUGGUCCAUCUUCCAUCUCAAUUUGUUCACCACUGCACUUUCCACGAUAUAGAUCAGUUGAACCUGCCAUUGAUUUCAGCUCACUGGCUAAGCAAUAUUUUUCAGAUUGUCAAUCUCUGAAUCUUGUAUUUGACAGGCCCUCUACAGGUACAUCUGUGAAUGAACAAGAUGCAGAGGAUUUGAUGUAUCAUAAGCAAUAUAUUCUGAAACUGACAGACAAUAAUCCUAUAUCAAAUGAACAAGAGCAUCCUCAGCUUGUUGGUCAUGAUAGAGACUCUCAGUUUUCUGAAUCUAAUAGUCCUCCCCAAAAUAUUGGAAGAGCACCUAAUCCCAUAAGAGAGUUCCUUCCAUCUAGAUUCUUACCAUCUAUUAGGCAAAGGGGGAACCAAAUGUUUACUGAUCCAUUGAGAGUUGCACCGAGUGAUAUGCGUUUUGAAUCUAGUCAGCUAAUAUCAAGCAAAAGUGAAGCUUCUCUGGACUUGGAAGAUUUGGUCAUUCCAUGGAGUGAUCUUGUUCUGAGGGACAGGAUUGGAGCAGGUUCUUUUGGAACCGUCCAUCGAGCUGAAUGGAAUGGAUCGGAGGUUGCCGUCAAGAUCCUCAUGGAACAUGAUUUCCAUCCAGAGCGCUGUAAUGAAUUCUUGAGGGAGGUGGCAAUAAUGAAAAGGUUACGGCAUCCAAAUAUAGUUCUCUUCAUGGGGGCAGUGACUGAGCCACCUAAUCUAGCCAUAGUGACUGAAUACUUAUGCAGAGGAAGCCUGUACUGGCUUUUACAUAAAUCAGGUGGCAAGGAAGUGUUGGAUGAGAGGCGGCGUCUUAGUAUGGCCUAUGAUGUGGCAAAAGGAAUGAAUUAUCUUCAUAAGCGUAAUCCUCCAAUCGUUCAUCGGGAUCUCAAGUCUCCUAACCUUUUGGUGGAUAAAAAGUACACUGUAAAGGUUUGUGAUUUUGGUCUUUCCCGUCUAAAGGCAAAUACAUUUUUGUCAUCAAAAUCAGCAGCUGGAACACCUGAAUGGAUGGCACCUGAAGUUCUUCGUGAUGAGCCUUCAAAUGAGAAGUCAGAUCUCUACAGCUUUGGUGUGAUAUUGUGGGAGCUUGCAACAUUGCAACAACCAUGGAGCAGUUUGAAUCCACCUCAGGUAUCGGGCUCAGAAUUAUUCAAAGGCAUAUAGUCAGUGCUUGCUUGUAUUUAUAUCUGCCUGCAGAUCCGCAGCUCUCCUCUUUGUGCCAGUGUCAGUAGUAGUACUACCCUGGCCACCCCUUUCCUCAAAAACUUGUGCAUUCAAAAUACUGAUUUUCUAAUAUAAGCCUCAUAUUACUAUCAAAUUUCAACCAGCUUCUUCCAUUCUGCCCUGUCUCCCACUUGCUGCCCGAUACACCACUUCCUUUUUGCUGUUGUUUAUCCUCCCCUUCUGCGCAACAAGGAAAUAUACGAAUAAUUUGAUUAGAACUUUUACCAUCCUAAAAUCCAAAAAGUUUGUUGAUAGGUCGCUCAAGCAUCAUUUUUGAUGCAGAAUUGCAGACUACUACUACUUGUUUUUGGCCAUUGAUGGGCCGUCAAAAUUGCGGUAGCUGUAAAGUGUGAAUGUUCAUGGUGUUUUUGUAAUGGAACUCCAUCUUUUAAUGUGUGCUUUUCUUCAUAAAUUUCCAUGAUCACUCCAUCGGAAACAACCUCUUUGUUAUCAUUAUAAAGGGUAAGGUUGCGUAUAUCCGUCCCCAAGGCCCAAACCCCACCCUAGAUGGGAGCUUGGCAUUGGGGUUAUGAAAUACUGUUUGCUGUAACUCUCAAUACGAGUGUACAACCUCUAUAGUGGGAAUAGAAGUUAUGUGGAAAAGGUAAUUUCACGGUGAACAAGCAUUUCCGUGGACAAGUAUUCCCUUAAAUUGCAUAUAACUUUAAUGCAUUCACAUGCAUUUUUUGCAAAGAAGGCAUGUAAUGAACUGGUAUUUUCCAUGGUAGUUGGCUGUGAUAGAGUGUUUAUAUGGGCUGGGGUGCGGGUUUGUGAAGAUAACAUUGCACAUAUUUGUAGUGUAUAGCAGAAUAUGGAGUUCAUAAUAGAGAUUUGUAGUGAGCUAUUCUAGCUGCUCAAGGCUCUCAAAUCUGUAAACACAUUACUAGUCUAUAGUCAAUACAAUGCAUAAUUUUCUUCAUUACCUCCCUUCUUAUAUUCUAGAGCAUGAUUAUACCUCUAACAAACUUAGCAGCUUCCCUAACAAAGUUUCUAACAAAAUAAUAUAUAUUAUUCCCUACGAUAUCUGGCAUUUUCCAAGGCUCUUUUAAAGUCUAUUGUGCUCAUAGGUAAUUUUUCAUGCAUGACAGAUAUCCUAUGCAAUGUUCAUAGUCAAGGAAUUUUAUUCUCAAGUCCAAAUAUGUAUUUGUUUGUGCAUUUUUAAUUCCACUCGUUGAUAUCGUGAAAACAUGAUUGAGAAUUAUGUGGCCCCAUGAAUAUUUUAUUAACAUGAAUUACUUUUUACAUUUGUAAAUUUUAAUACGAUUUCAUUACCAUUACCGUCAUAUAUUGUUGCUUGUAGGGCUGGCCAGGAACCAAGCAGAGCCAAACGUUAACAUGGCUCGGCUUGGCUUUGUUUCAUAAAAUUCUAUCAAGUUCACACUGAUUCGAGCUUGCUUCGAUCUCUAGGCUCAAACUUGAGCUGGGUUCAAUAAAACAUGAUAUUAAAUAAAGUAUUUGUUGAUGAUAGGCUCUUAUGGUUUUGAAAAUCAUGUUAAAAAUCCCUUAUAUUGGUACUCAAUCUUUGUGUUUUUCAAGUCAAGGCAAGGCACAUGAGGCGCAGAAGCUGUCUGGGUGAGGCGCAAAAUUCCCAAAAAUGUUACUUGUUUUGGCGUGCACUUUUAUUUUUUUUUCAAAAGCGCACCAAGGCGUCUGAGAGGCUCGGGCGCGACCCCUUUUGCCUGCUCCUUUCACUUUUUAAAACUAAGUAUUCAAUUUAUACUUUAGAUCUCAAAGAUAAGGAUAUGUUAGUACCUCAUAAAAGACGUGUCAGGCUACCAAGCUUUUGAGCUUAAUGCUAUAGAGUUUACCUUUGAUUCUUUUAAUAGUCGAAGUAAAAUUUUUGAUCAAGCUUGGUUCAUCAACAAACAAACCAAGUCCUAACUUUAUAGUGGUUCACAAAUCACAUAUGUUAAAGUAAACCACUUACCGUGUCAAGCUUUUAUGACCUUUUGUUUUAUACUUAGUAGUAGUACACUGGUACCAAAUACAUAUUAUACUUGCUUUGGCUUUAUAAAUAAUGCGUGCUUUUGGUUUUAAGUUUAUGUUCUACUCUUCUACAGGUUGUUGCAGCCGUUGGUUUCAAGGGCAAGAGACUUGAAAUUCCACGUGAUGUAAAUCCUCAAGUAGCUGCUAUUAUAGAGGCAUGCUGGGCAAAUGAGCCUUGGAAGCGUCCGUCUUUUGCCGACAUUAUGGAUUCUUUGAGGUCACU